CCUCUCCCGAGAGAAAUAGCGGAGUGGCCAGAGGGGUGGAGCACAGUUCCUGCAGAGGACCAGAGACGCGCUCCUCCUGCAGGUCUGACUUCUGCCAAAAUGAGCGGCCUGGAAGAGAGCAAAGACCUCCCUGUCGCCGAAACCCCCGGCCUCGCUCCUCCCGAAGACGCCUCGGCCCCUCCAGACGCGAGCCCGUGCCAGGGGACGGAGACCGCGGCGAAGCAAGUGAUGGCGGACACAGGUGAGAGCAGCUUGGGGACCGCCGCAGAGGGAGGCGCAGCCCGGGAACCCGUAGACUGUGGCUUCGCGCUCCGCAUCCGAGUUGCGGGGAGUCGCGUCGGUGCAGCCACCAAAGUAGCGCAGGAAGAGGCCCCGCCUCCCACCCCGGGCCGGGAAGCGGCCCCUGCCGCCGCCGCCGCCGCCGCCGCCGCCGCCGCCGCCGCGGCGGCGUCUGACAAUAGCCAGGAAAAAGGCCGUCCGCGUAGAGAGGCCCGCGGCCUUGUCGGGGAGAAAGCACUAGAAGCUUGUGGCGCAGUGGGGUUGGGGUCUCUGCUCCUGGCUGGGGUGAAGGCCAAGGAAAUGAUGAAGAGGUGCGGCGUUCUCGUGGCAGCGGAGAAGGAGGGAGGAGCAGCGGAGGUGGCGGGAGAAAAGGGGAUGCCGAAGGAAAAUAAGGCAGUAGGAGGAAAAGAGGAGGGGAAGCCCAAGGCCCCGAAGAUCAAUAACUGCAUGGACUCUCUUGAGGCCAUCGAUCUGGAGCUGUCGCAAGUGAAUGCCCAGGCUGACAGGGCCUUUCUUCAGCUGGAGCGCAAAUUCGGCCGUAUGCGAAGGCUCCACAUGCAGCGCAGAAGCUUCAUUAUCCAGAAUAUCCCAGGUUUCUGGGUCACUGCCUUUCGAAACCACCCCCAGCUGUCCCCGAUGAUCAGUGGCCAAGAUGAAGAUAUAAUGAGGUACAUGAUCAAUUUGGAGGUGGAAGAGCUCAAGCACCCGAGAUCAGGCUGCAAAUUCAAGUUCAUCUUUCAGAACAACCCCUACUUCCGAAAUGAGGGGAUUGUCAAGGAAUAUGAGCGCAGGGCGUCAGGCCGAGUGGUGUCUCUUUCCACUCCAAUCCGCUGGCACCGGGGCCAAGACCCCCAGGCUCACGUCCAUCGGAACCGGGAAGGAAACACAAUUCCCAGUUUCUUCAACUGGUUUUCAGACAACAGCCUUCUUGAAUUCGACGCGAUUGCUGACAUUAUCAGAGGAGAACUCUGGUCCAACCCCCUGCAGUACUACCUGAUGGGUGAUGGGCUCCGCAGAGGAAUGCGAGAUGCUGUACGACCUCCAGUGGAGAGUCCCAGGUCUUUCAGGUUCCAGUCUGGCUAAAUCCUGCUCCUGCCGAAGCUUCCUGCUCAAGUUACCAUACCAUCUCCUCUUGGACCCAUGCUUGGCCAUCAGCAUGCAGCUUUUCCAUCUGCUAGCUCUUCAUACUGAGUUUUGUCCUUUGAUUCUUCAACAGUCUUCUAAGUCUUCAGCAGUCAGUUGCAGCAUUGCAACUUACACGCCAGUGCUCUUUUUUUUUUCCUUCAGGGCCUUCAUACUGUUUUACAUCCAAUUACAUGUUCCAGGUGCAUGCCCCUUCCACUGCUUCUGUGCCAACACAUGAUGCUGUAGAUAAACACCAUCUUCCUUUGCGUGCAUGACUUGGGAUCCUUUCUGUGACUGAGCCUAUCAGUUUUUUCAGUGGUUAUCUACCACAGCAUCUUUGAUAGCUUGAUACAUCUUUGCAAAUAACUCACUGGGCUUCACACUUUAUGCUGGUCUUUGAGGUGCACCUGUGCAAGAUGAAGCUGCUAUAGAUGAUGCCAGCCAUCAACCCAGACUGGACAUUUCAGGCUACCAUUAACAGGAUUCCAGCUGCCUUCCUGCAACCAUGCCAUGCAUCCGUUUUUUUUGGCAGUAUCAGGUGGCUGGUAGGUGGCUACUAGGCAUGGACGAGGUAACAGAUGAGAGGUGUCUGUUAUGCCUUUGGUCACUGUGCGUCAUGACCAGAUGCUGGUGAGUAUCAAGACCUGUUAGGCUCCACCCAUACUUAUUUCAGCCUCUGAUGAGCUUUGCACAGGAAUCAUUGUCUGCCUUUCCAGAAUCAUCUGUGGUCUAAAGCUCUCAAAGGCCCAUGGGUCACACAUAAACCCAAUCAGGCAAAAUGAUUGGGCAGUCCUAUGAGACAGUGACCAAAACAAGGCUGGAAUGGGGUUUCCUUCCAGCAGUUAACUUUUCUGAAUCCUAGCCAAGAAAUCAUUCUUAGGCUAGGUAUUUCCUGCCUAACACCUUUACCUAGUUAGUAUAAAUAGACCAAGCUCCCAAGAUGGCACUGAGAAAGAAGUAUUUCUGGUCUGUGGGACCUGUUAAAUAUAUCUGAUUGUCUCUUUCUUUCCAUCUCUCCCUUUCUCCACCUCUUCCUUUCCUUUCCCUCGUGUCUCCUUUUCCUUUCCUUCCUCCAAAAGUACUCCCAUCUCUCUUCCCAUCUCUGAAGCAGUUACUCUUCACAAAUAGAAAACAAAACUGGCAAAGCAGGCUUUUAAAUUUAAUUUGCUUUGUUCUUAUGUUCAGAGGGAGAAAGUUCUAAACCCUUUGAAAGGAGACCUCUAUGGCUUAUUCUUGCUUAAUUAUAGGCUAUAAUUAAUCUUCCUUUAGGCCAUUUUGACAACACCCUUUACCCUGUCCCAUUUUCCAAAACUUGUGUUUUGAGCUUUAUUUUGAGAAACUGGGAGGAGAAUCUGAAGACCUCACAUUGUGGAGGAUCAAGACAGACCAGAGAAAAUUGUGAACUAAAGCAACAAAAUGUAAUUUAAAUCUAUGUCUGUAAAGGUGAAUUUCUUUCUUUUUUUUUUUUUUUUUUGUAAUGGUGGACCACUAAGAAAUUGACUCCAUGGCAGCAUUUUGUGGACAAUCCUGUCAUCUUUUAAAAAUUUUAUUACUACCUUGAUACCCCAGGGGAGUCCAUUCUGCUGCUAGGCCUUCUGGUUCUCAGCUUCUUAAUUUCCUUCUCUGCUUCAGUGCUAGCCAAUGAGAAAGCAGACUGCUGUCUGCAUUGCGGAGAAGCUAAGCCUCCCCACCUCUCUAGUGGGGAUGUGUAGGAGGGUGUGUUCCAAUAGGUGAAACAGCUAUGCUGCCAGGGCUGGCUUAGUUUUUGAGUUGUGUGGUGGGGAUAAAGAAUAUCUCCCUUUCUUUUUCUGAAGGUGUUGCCCUAAGCAUCCUCUGGGGUUAGGGAGGAAGGAGCAGCAAAAGGUGUUCAAUGCUGGGGAAACAAAUCCUUGAAAUGUGCUCUGGUGACCCAGGCUGGGAAAGCAGAUAGGGAAGACUAAUAUAGCAGGGUCUGAGUUGUGAGGGGUCAUCGCUGAGGCUUUCCCCAGAGAUACAGUGGUUGACAUUUAAAGGUGAUUCUUGGAGCAGUGUUUUCUUCCAGUUUUUCUCAACUCCUAGAAUUCAGUUUUUUUUUUUUUUUUGUACAUAGAAAUGCAAGUCAGGAUGUUUUCUCUAUUAUUCUAGGAAUAAUCUUUUAUGUAUAGAAGAUGAAUGGUAUAUGCUCACUUCACUGUGUUUGAGUAAAAUCCUUUUUCCAGUUUUGCUUGCUAGCAAAAUUGACUUUGACAAAUCCUCUCUUUGCCUGUAAUUGAGAAUGUGUGCAAAAUAUCAAACUUGUGUCCUUGUAAUAUGAAGCCUUCUGUGAUUAUUAAUAUAUCAGCUUGUUCUGGUCUCUCUUCAUGUAUAACUCAAUUACAGUUCUAAUUUGAACAGUCUGAUCUUUGAAGAGUCUGGAAUUUUGCAAGUUGUCACUGUGUCUUGUGAAAGUAAUCUCAAAAAGAACGUGACUGUUGUCUUGAUAUUUCUUGACCUAGUAGUCAUGUACUUGAUAUAUUGUCAUAUACUUGAUAUAUUAUGUUCUUAACCAGUGUAAGUACCUGUAGAAUUGCUGUCAAACUAAAUAAGGAUUGUUAGUACUUUUGUCUUUUAUGUGCUUGAAGGAAAAAUUAAAUUUGUCACUGCUGUAUUUGUUUUACCAAGAAAUAAAAAUAAAUAAAGUUU